AUGAUCCGCUUCAAGCAAGCGCUCGCCUCUGCGCGGGAACGCGUUGCGCGUCUUGUGCCGGGGCGCAAUCCACGGCGGACCUCCACGCGAGAAGACUUCUACCGGCAGCCGCUACAGUCCAUCGAGUCGAUGCACUCAUCGAUCUCUUCUCGAGGCGCUGCACUCGCAUUCGCACCCGCAUCGGUACCCUCAGACUUCUCAAUCGACACUCCUCAACGACCCACCUCGUCAGUGCCACUCACCACCCUCCACAAAGUCCCUGCAACCCUCACAAUCACGACCCACGCCGCUCACGUCUGUAAGUUCUCCCACGGUUCCGGCCUACUUGUAUACAUCAACGGCGCACUAAUGAGCGCUGCACGCGUAGCUCUCAAGGUCAACGUCGCCACGCUAGAGUUCGUCAAGCGGCUACCACUCGACGAGCUAGGCACCAUUGGUGUUUGUCUUGGUGCCGCUUUUGCGAACGAUGAUGAUCAAGUGGAUAUCACCUGGGCUGAGGUGGGUGAUGAAACGGAACAGGAUUGGCGCGAGGCGGAACAGGAUUGGAAACUGUUUGCUGGGGGGCCGUUUGAGGCCGUUGAGCUGGAGGGGUAUGGCGAGGAGUCUUUCUCGCGGCGGUCGAUUUGCCAGGAGGAGGAGAGUGUGCGGUUUGGGCAGGAUGGGCCAGUGAGUGGAGAGGAGUGGGCGGCGUUUUCUAAACGUCAUUUUCCAUUGCGCAGCGAGGAUUCGGUUUCGCUGUGCCCUCAGCCUGGUGCCUUUUCCUCAUCAUCCCAAGAUGCUCCUAAUGCUGGCCCUUCCCGCACCUUCUCUUCAAGCACUCGAGAUCGACCCUUCAUGACGGCGGCAGAGUUUGCUGCUCUUCCAGAUUACUCCGAAUCUUUCAGCUACCACUCAUCUUCGUCUGAGGACCAGGAUGCUAUCCAGUUGACCGCCAUCAAGCGGCCGAUGACUCCACGGAAGUCAUAUUUGAAUCCGUCUUCGGACAAGGAAAACACCCCACUGCUAUGGUCUCCAGGUCGUGGCAAUGGGCCUAUCAUGUCGAGCGAGGAGUUCGACGCACUGCCAGACUAGUCUGAUGUGGAGGAUGAUCCGAGGGGGAACAGCGCUGUGAAUGAGAUGGCUGAGCUGG